UUUAUCUGAAAGUGAUCAUCAACACAUACACAACUCCCAUGAUGAUCUGCGGCACAACCCCAAUACACCACACCCACCACCAUAAGCAUGGAUCUAUUUCACCACAACAGUCCAAGAAGUACAUAGGAACUGGCUAAAUACCAUUUACACAACAGGGAAUGGCUGCCACUGAACAACUGACAGCUAUCAUCUUCCCAGUCCUUUUGCACAUGCAGACUGACAGACACAAAUUACCUGGAUGUUUUUGUGCAUGUUUUAUACAGACAAUUACAGUCAAUGCAUCUCUAAAUAGGAAAACUAUUAAACAAUACAUUUUUACUUUGCUGUGAAGCCUAUUGUGCUGUGAUGUGUUAGACUCCUGCAGAUGUGCAAAUGUGUGCAUGUGGUCCAAUCAUACUUAUAUGCUCCUUUUUUAACUUUAAAUUUUUUAAUGCCUAAAUUACUUUUUUGGAUGUUAGGUUUCUAUUUAGGAUAAAUAAUUAUCCUAUAAUCUCAUUUACCAUUUCACGUGGUUUAGAUAAUAAUCAAAUCACAUUUUAUUGGUUGCAUACACAUAUUUAGCAGAUGUUAUUGUGGGUGUAGCUAAAUGCUUGCGUUCCUAGCUCCAUGUCAUUGAAGAUUACAUAUAUCUGGACAAUUACUAUCGCCCCAGCCCCUCUACAGCAGUUAUUAACACUUUUUCUGUCAAAUAAAGGAUGUUUUGUUAAUUCAUCCGAACUGACCAACCUGUAGCACGGGGCAUUAUUUUUCUCCUUGUGUUUGGCUCGCGGAUCCACGUGAAGGGCCGCAGGGAGCCGAGCGAGCGUGCUGUUGCCAGUAGCCAAUCAGCGUGAAGCAUUUCGUUGGCACUAUAAAAGCCACCGAGCUUUUGGAGUGCACAGUAUUCACACGGUUGGUUCCAGUGAACAAGAGUGUUUAAAAAAAAUAAAAAUAACCCACGGAUAAAAGCGAUUCCUUCUUCAGAGACAUUAUUUGACAGAGCUGAAUACAAUUUGGAUUUUGCAUCGUCUUCAAAACUGAACAAGGAAUUAGCCAAAAUGCGUCUGAUCCAGAACAUGUCAACCAUCGCGGAGUUUGCGGCCCCAGAGUGUCCGUCCAAACGGACUAUCAAAAUAGCGGUGAUUGGGGGCAGCGGAGUUGGCAAAACAGCUCUGGUAGUAAGAUUCCUGACAAGGCGCUUUAUCGGCGACUAUGAGAGAAACGCAGGAAACCUUUAUUCAAGAGAGGUCCAGGUGGACGGAGGAGAGCAAGCAGCCAUCCAAGUCCAGGACACGCCGGGUGUUGAUGUGACAGGUAACGGCUUCAGCCUCCCUGAUCAUGUGACCUGCUCCAUCCAAUGGGCCGACGCCGUGGUGUUGGUCUACUCUGUGACUGACCGCCAUAGCUUCGACCUGAUUGGCCAGUUGCACCAGCUGGUGGCCCGCGCAGGUGGGGCCAACGUGCCGCCUGUCAUCCUGCUGGCCAAUAAGGCGGACCUGCUGCACAUGAGGCGGGUGGAUGCCGAACAGGGUCCCCUGCUGGCGGUGGCGCUGGGCUGCUCCUUCUACGAGGUGUCAGCCAGUGAGGACUACAGCCAGGUGCAUGAGGCGUUCCACAGGCUGUGCUGCCACAUGGCAAAGCAGCAGCCCCAAGCCUCCCUGUCCUCCCACACCACCACAACUGGAGCAGCAGAAAAGAAGGGGCGCUCACCCCUCAUCCCCAGGCCCAAGUCCCCCAACAUGCAGGACCUGAAGAGGCGCUUCAAGCAGGCUCUGUCGGCUAAAGUCAGGACGGUCACCUCUGUGUGAGAAGGCCUUGGGUUCGUCUACUACACAACGUGGUCCAGAGUGGCUACAGAAAAUAAAUUGAAUGAGGAGAAAUGAGGGCAGAAGAUUCCGGUCUCGUUUGGGGACUCAAUCCUCUGUAUGGCUAGAGCAGCCUGACCUGCGACGAGAAGCAGAGACAAAAUGGAGGCUCAACUUUGACCUCUGACCGAGGUCACUGUUUGACAGAGGUAAUGACCUGUGGGGUGGGCAGGUGUCAGCCUGUCUGUCACCGUCACUCCUGUCCUGUCUGAAACUGUUCACUGAGUCUGCAGACAUCUGCUAUGAGGGACAGCAGCUGGGUGGUGUUGGUAUGUCAGGCCACCAGAAGGGACAAAGAGGAGCGGUCCUUGAGCUGAAUGAUUGUGUGAACACUGACAUCUUCUCCUGGCAACAGAAGCCUUGAAGGACACUGCGCAGAGUAUUUUUAGCUGGCGCCAAUUGACAGUUUUUUGUUUUUGUUCAGGCUGCCACUCUGCAUGGCAAUGCUAAAAGAGCACUGAUAUGGUCAGACAAGCCAUGCACUUGAGUCAGAGCUCUGAGUUUGUUCACUGUUCAGUUUCUCAUCUGUCACAAUCUCCAAUUCCCCAGUGCAUUACUUGUACAACAGCCAAAAUCAUCAUUCUGCACAUCAUGGUAGUGAACUAUGAGUGGAAGGCAGGAUCACUGUGGGGCAGCAGGGAUUGGAUACAGGGCUGGGUGGGGUGUAGGAGGUAUUUGUAAUGCACUUUAAGAAAUCCAAAUGGUUUACUUGUAUUUGUUAUACUUUUGAAAAUAAAAUGAUUGCAUUACAUGAUGACUCUUGUCUUCUGAUUUGUAACCUCAUAUGAGUAAAAUACAAACAGACUUAUACGGGCCAGGUAUGAACCAGGUAAAGACAUAUGGAUUAUAGGUGAGGGUAUGUGCAUAGACAUUACCUACAAUGAAGCAUAAUACACCACGCCAUUUCUACCCAUGAACAUAGUCCAGGCUCGUCCUCAGGUGCUGUUCCUAAACCUGGGUGGUGUGACUGACGGCAGUUGUCACUGUGAUUGCAUUGUGGUGUCUUUGCCAGAGUUACGUGACUGAUCGUCAUUUCUAAGGUAAUGUGACAGUUCCUGUCACUAGCGAGGUUCACAGUUCAUGCUGAUUUGAUCUGUAGUCUACUGUCCUUUUAGACUGAGAAUAUCAGGCUCCAGUCAACGUGAAACACCCAUCUGAACAUUUACAAAAAUUACGCUUCAGGGCAGAGUUAGUGACGUGUACUGUGUAAAACUCAACUGGUGACUCCUGCUGGACAGACCAUGGCCUGUCAGUACUACAGAGGCCCUCCACACUCAUCUCUGUCCUACGCCUUAGCUCUCUCUCGGGGAGAACCCGAUGCAGUCCUCUGUAGCUCGGCUGGUAGAGCACGGCGCUUGUAACGCUAAGGUAGUGGGUUCGA